AUGGCCUCGGCUGCUGCUGCUGUUGCUCCCGCUCCGCAGCCUCACAUCCCAACCAUCCUCAAUGCAUCCGGCCCUCCCCCUGGACACUCUGUCACAGUCGGAAAUCUCCAGACCUUCAUCCUGCCUGAUAAAGUCUCUGACACCGAAGCAAACCGUAAGCUUGGCAAAGCCCUUGUCGAAGCCUGGCAGAAGGACGGCAUAUUGCAGAUAAGCAUGACACCCGAGCAGCACUCACUUUACAAAAGUGCCAAUUACGCUAGUAGACGCUUCUUCGGCAAGCCUUAUGCUCAAAAGGCAGCUUGCGUUGACAGUCAGACUUACUCUGGCUACAUUGCCAGUGGUGAAGAGCUGACUGACGGUAUUGCUGACUACAGCGAGAUUUUCACGGUUACUAAAGACCUUGAACUUGAUGAGCCGAGAGUCGUUGCAAAAUGGCCGUGCCAUGGUCGUUGCCCUUGGCCUGACUAUGAGAUGCAGAAUCCCAUGCAGCGUUACAUGCAGAGUCUGGGGGGCGUUGGGGAAACGCUCUUGCAGCUCACUGAACUGGGGCUUGGUGUUCCUGAAGGGUCACUUACCAACUACACACAAGAUGGAUGGCAUCAUCUGAGAAUUCUUCGCUUCCCUGCCAUUAACAAGACUAAUGGCAAGGGCAAGGAAGGAAGAGGAAUUGGAUCUCACACUGACUACGGACUUCUAGUCAUCGCAGCAGCGGACGAUGUCGGCGGCAAUGCCGCUGGCUUCAGAGAGGAUGAUGAAAGAUGGGUCUUCGUUCCUCCCGCGGAGAAUGUCUUCACCUACAUCACCAACUCAGCCCUUCCCUCAACCCCCCACAAAGUCGGGCUCAAUCUCAGAGAGAGGUUCGCCUUUGCUUACUUCCAUGAGCCAAGCUUCCAAGCCGUUGUGAAGCCUCUGCCCGGCUAUGAUGUUGGCCAAGAGCCCAAGGACGGAAUCCACUAUGGCAAGCACUUCACUAAUAUGUUUAUGAGAAACUACCCUCAGCGUAUUACUACCCAGAGGUUGAAUGACGAGGGUCGCUACAGGCUUUUGGAGCAGGAGAGCCUUCAAACCAUGGCUCCUUGA